AGAGGUAGAAGCCAAAUCGUUUCAAUCGUAGUACUCGAACUUUGGAGCGGCAAGUAUUCCAAAAGGAUUCUCUCCAUAAAAUUCCCAAUUUUCCAACGAAAUUGGGGGAUUAAUUUAACUUUUUUUUUAUUUUUUUAUUUUUAUAGUUUAUGAUGAAAUCUAGCGGUUUGAUUUUCAUCACGAUCGCGUUGGUUUUCGUUCUAAAUCGAGUGUUAGCAGCUUCUUCUUCAUCUGAAUCGCAGUCCUCCGACGAAGCUUAUGUUACGCUUUUGUAUGGCGAUGAGUUUCUUUUGGGGGUUCGAGUUCUUGGUAAAUCGAUUCGCGAUACUGGGUCCAACAGGGACAUGGUGGCCUUGGUUUCUGAUGGCGUUUCUGAGUAUGCUACGAAGCUAUUAGAGGCUGAUGGGUGGAUAGUGGAGAGGAUUAGUUUAUUGGAAAAUCCUAAUCAAGUUCGUCCAUCGAGGUUUUGGGGCGUCUAUACGAAGCUGAAAAUAUUUAACAUGACCGACUAUAGAAAGGUGGUAUAUCUUGACGCAGAUACAAUUGUGGUGAAAAAUAUUGAUGAUCUUUUCAAAUGUAUCAAAUUCUGUGCGAACUUGAAGCAUUCUGAAAGGCUGAAUUCUGGCGUUAUGGUUGUCGAACCGUCUGAAGCUAUUUUCAACGACAUGAUGAGCAAAGUUAGGACUUUGCCGUCUUACACCGGAGGGGAUCAAGGCUUUUUGAACUCGUAUUAUUCUAAUUUUCCUAAUGCACACGUUUUUGAGCCAAAUCUGUCACCGGAAGUGCUACGUUCCAGACCAGCUCCUGAAAUGGAGCGACUCUCUACUCUUUAUAAUGCGGAUGUUGGCCUUUACAUGCUUGCUAACAAGUGGAUGGUAGACGAAAGCGAACUGCGAGUUAUCCACUACACCCUGGGGCCCCUCAAACCAUGGGACUGGUGGACGUCUUGGCUCUUAAAGCCUGUUGAUAUCUGGCAGAAUGUCAGGGAAAGGCUGGAAGACUCCCUUCCUGGAACUGGUAGGGGUAGAAAUCCUUAUGAUGAUAUUAUUGUCAAAAUUCUUGCCCUUCUUCCUCUUGUUGCGUUGAUCGCCUGUAAUUAUGAAUCUUGUAUUCAGACACGGUGGUACUGUAGUACAUCAUGGAGAAGCGUGUUAUGCGACCAAGCCAGGCAACUUUACUACAAAAUAAAGUCUGUUGGAACUGUUAAUUAUACUGGUCUUUCUUCACUCAAUACUGUUAAUUUGAACCGUCAGUUCAAGAUACCUGUUUAUUUAGGUGGAAUAUCAAUCUUUGUCUGUUUCAUCGCUGCUUUAACUGCCAUAGCCCUUGCAUUUGUGAUUGUACCGAGCCAAGUGACGCCAUGGACUGGCUUGCUGUUGAUGUAUGAAUGGAUAUUCACAAUUUUCAAUCUGUUAUUUGGAGGCUAUCUCCAUUUUAUAUACAAAUGGGGAAAAUCAAUGGCAACACAAGCAGGAUCCCUCUCCUCUGAUUCUGAGUCCUUAGAUUAUUCUGCUAAAGAUCAUCAGUGGCAGGCACCGAGCUGUGACGUUACCACAUGGUUUUAUGUUCUAGGAAUGGCAAUCUUGGCUGUUGUUGCUCCAACUUUGCCUUGUAUUUUGGGUAUUACUGCUCUGUUUUUGAGGUUAGGUUUGAUGGUUGUAGGAGGGCUAGUCUUGGUAGCUUUUAUGACAUACGCUUCUGAACAUCUUGCAAUAAUAUCAUUUUUGAGAGGUCUUGAAAGCAGAGAUGGUGUAAGAGGCAGCAGAGGUCUCAUAUCAUUCAUUGUACAACUCUAAAAACUAGCUUCUGAAGUUUUUUUCCCCUCUUUUUAGCCUGUGAGACCAUUCUAUUAGAAAGGUUAAGUAAAUUAUGGUUAUUUAAUUCGUUUGAUGGU